AUGUCACACCCAACAGGUGUUGAGUCAACCCUUCCAGGGCUCCCAGCAGAGAUCCGUUACAAUAUUCUGGAAAAAUGUACCAAUAUCCACCAAAAUCGAGUUGAGAGACGAUUUUGGCGAGAGUUGGAAACUGCAGAACUCAACUCCAUGGUUGACCGUUAUUGGGGCUCUCGACAUAGUGAUAAUGAGUACAUGCUCAACGUUGACUGCCAACUAAGCUCCGCACUCAUACUCUCGAGCAAGGAACACUACCACGAAGGCCGCAAGCUUGUUCAAAAGAUGAAAUUUGUCCAGAUUGACGGAUGGGCGUAUUAUGAACUGAAGACGCUAUUCGAGUAUGGAACAAUUCCAAUGUGGAGUGACCAACCAAGUCUGCAUGAACACCCCCAGUUUACCCAAGACUUGCCUCCAGGCCCUCAUGAAAUUGUGCCGAUUAUGACUUUAUCCAAAUCUCCUUUAACAGGAAGAACUUUCUUCAUAAGCAUGGAGGAUCUGUCUUUUCUUUGCAAAGUCAUUUAUGUUUCUCGCAUACAGUACCGACACUCUGCUAAAAGCUCCUCACUUUCUUUGCAUUUUACAGUUCCACAGGAAGGAAUUACUCCUGCAUUUUGGGGCCUCGAGACUGAUGAGGAAGUCAAGGCGUUCCUACACAGUGGCAUUAUCAGAUACAUCCGUCCGUGGAUCACUCAGGCAUUCUUGGGGAGCGAACUCGCAUCACCCAUUGGAGACAUCGAUGCGACCGUCUCCUCUCAGCCUCUUUCUCGUCGGAUGAAUCACUUGGAAGCUUGGAUUGUUGAAAACGCGCAGCGCCCCCCAGCACUCCAGUUGGACAUUGAGGUCGACAGACUUAUUUGGAUGUUUGACAAUGCUCUGUCGAAAGUAUCACAGGCUGAAGAACUUGUCACUAUGGAAGAUCGCUACGUGGAUGCUAUCAAUCUCUAUAUUGAAGCAAAAGACUUGUUCCGCCAUGUUCGUGCCCAAUGGCGUAAUGCCCCGAACUUGAGAGAUUAUCGGUACAUGUUGACGACGUACGACCUGUGUUGUAUCCGUUUGAUGUUAAUGACAGAUCAUAUAACCGCCGAAAACAGAUUUGGGACACGCAAAGCAGUUACACAAUGGGCUUACAUCAAUUGCGUGGAGCUCAUGAGGAAUUCUCACAAGCUCAAAACCAGGUCUCGAAUUCUACUCCGGAAAGCGCAGCUACAGGUUGACAUGUCAGUAUUCCCCGACCAGACCAUCGCCAGUAAUCUCGGUGCCUCGAUCUACGCGAUGUUGAAACGUCGGAAUCCAAAAUGGAGCCACGGAGAACUUCUCGAAGCCAUCGACGACUUCUACAAGACUGGCGGCGCCAGUCCUCCACCAAAAGAGUGGGAAGUGGGUUGCAGCCAUGGCGGUGGAUGUUUGGAACCCGUCGACGAAGCAGCCUCAGACUCAAUCGUUCAGCGCCAGCCUCGUGUGAGCAAGGAAGAAUGGUUGUACAAAUUUGAACUUGUGAAGGAGCUCAUCAGAGGUCCGCCCACGGCAGCUCCAAAGCUCGCCGAUCAUGACUGA